UAAGUGUGCGAUGUGCGCUCUUUCCUCUAUCAAUCUCAGACUGACCGUUUUGAGUCUGCUGCGUAGUUAAAGGUGUGCAGCGUGCUCUCUCUCACCGAUUUGCGACUUCCACAGCCGGCAUACGUCAACUAUUCAGAGGAGAGGCCUCUCCUGUACCUAAUACACUCCAAGGCUGUCCUGCGGCCUACAAAACUCGCUGCGGCCCUCAUCAUUCAUCCGAAUCCUUACCUCGAAACACACCUUUUACUACUGCGCGUCAUUCAUAGCUCCUCCACAUGUCGCUUCAAGCUUCACUCUCCCAGGGACUAUCCCCGAACCUCUCCUCGAGUCGUCCACUAAGCGUCAUUACAAACAACUCCGAGAACGAGGACGUCACUUCAGGUCGUGCUUGGUCGCGCAGAGUCGUUGAUGCGUGGGACCCCUUGAUACUCACCCUUGAUGGCGGAGGUAUCCGUGGUUAUUCGACUCUCCUCAUACUCCUCCAGCUCAUGCGCGAGAUAUCAACAUGGGAACGCAAACUAGAAAGAGAAGAGGGUCCAAUUCCUGGCGCGACUUCGCGGUCCUACGCGGUAAACGAGCUUCUACCGUGCCACUACUUCGAUUACAUGUAUGGAACGAGUACAGGUGGCCUCAUCGCCACUAUGCUAGGAAGACUGCGAAUGAGCGUCCCGCAAUGCCUGAAGAUUUACCGAGAGGUUGGAAACGAUCUGUUUGGCCACAGAAGGACUCGCGUGCCGCUAGCCACGAAGUACUUCCACCGGCCGCUAGAGACUGCUGUACAGCGAAUAGUCAAAACGUACUGCAAGACACAUCCGCGAGGGCAAUGUGAUGGCCAGGAUUGGCAUCCUUGGAAUCUCGAGACAAAAGGUCGCAAUCCAGACGACCCCUGGGUACCUGAUAUUUCUGAAGAGCGCAUCUGUCAAAGUAUAUGCUUGACCGCAACGCACUCUGGCAAGAUCGACGAGGCCUACCUUCUUCGCUCCUACAACCACCGAUACAACACCCGAGUCCAGUUUGCCGACUGGCUCAUUAAAUACAACGAGGGCGCUGACCCACUGCGAAUCUGGCAAGUUACUCGUGCCACUUCAGCCGCGCCGUUCUAUUUCAAAGCUCUCGAGGCAGACAUCAGAGGGGAGGUCAAGAGCUUCAAGGAUGGCGGAAUCCGUGAAAAUAAUCCCGCGUCCGCAGCGUGGUCUGAGUUCCUCAGCAUGUAUGGCGAGGAUCAAGAACCAAGCCUGCUUCUUUCGGUCGGCACUGGAAAGCCAAACGAGGCGCAUGAUGGGUUUGCCAGUGCAUGGCCUGGACCUUUGGGCCAAUUGAAGGUCAUGAAGACUGCGUCCGAGAAAUUUGCUGUCGUCAAGAACCUCAUGGUCAAGUACACGGAAGGUGAACAAACGCACCGCACUAUGCUUAGCACUGCCAGAGGACAGCAUAAGUGGUACAAGAGACUCAACGUCUCAAGCGGUCUGGAAACGAUGAAGCUCGACAACUGGGAGAAAGGGCCUUGGAUCGAUCCAGAGACGAACAUGGAGAUCAUUGUUCCCGGUGGCGCGAGUCUGCGGAGAAUGGAAGAGGUGACUGAAAAGUACCUGAACCGAGAUUUCGACCACGACCAUGACACGUACGCGCCUCCGCGGACAAUGCUGAUACAAACAGCAGAAAAGCUCGUGCGACAUCGACGAGAGCGAGAGCGUACGAAAGAUCAGGACUUGAGGAGAUGGCAGACAUUCAUGGGCCAGUGGUUGACGGGUGAGCUGGGCCCGGAAGACACCGUUCUGCCACCACUCCCAGACGCCCAGCCACCACGUCGGCGAAGAAGAAGCUGAAAGCAUGGUUCGGUACGCUUACACGGCGAUCCAUCAGUCUAACCAGGAACGUCAACAACAUCGCAUCUUGUCACUCGCAAGCCGUCCUUUGUUCAAGUGACCCACCGUAAAACACUGCUCUUUGCUUCAAUCGCAUCUUCGCAUCUCAUUGUAUCGCCACCAAAACCACCCAAAUGAUACCCGGCGUCUCGCACUU